AUGGAUGAAGCAUUGAUUGAGCAACAAGAACACUCUUCUUCACUGCUCCUAAAGCUGUAUCUUGGCCACUUUUUAGCCAGAUGGGGUGCCAGGAUGUGGGAGUUCUCGGUUGGUUUAUACAUGAUCAAUGUGUGGCCAGACUCUUUACUUGUCGCUGCAGCUUAUGGCGUGGUGGAAUGUGCUUCGACUGCAAUAUUUGGUCCUUUAAUUGGACAGUUGGUGGAUAAGCUCUCCUACACUCGGGUUCUCCAACUCUGGCUCUUGAGUCAAAAUCUGUCAUUUGCUGUUGCUGGAGUUGCAGUCGUUGCUAUACUGAUGUAUACAGACUUGAUGACUGCCAAUUACGCGGUGUUCAUCUCUCUUCUCGUACUUAUUAACAUCUCGGGAGCUGUGGCCGUGCUUUCCACUCUAGCUGGAACCAUCUUGGUUGAAAGAGAAUGGGUGGUUGUGAUAUCAGAAGGUCAGUCUCCUGGAGUUUUGACAAAGAUGAACUCUGUGAUACGAAGGAUCGAUCUAAUCUGCAAGCUGUUUGCUCCUGUGCUCACCGGCUUUGUCAUCAGUUUUGUGUCGCUAACUGCAUCUGCUUUGGCAUUAGCGAUCUGGAACAUAAUAUCUGUGUUCUUGAUAUAUAUCCUUCUGAUGUCCGUGUACAAAGGGAUUCCAAGAUUAAGAGACGUCAGCGAAAGAAGGGUGUCGGUAGCAUCAAGAUCUUUGGUCGGGGAAGUAGAUGAGAGUGUGUCUACUUACCACGAACGAGAAAGCUUGAUUACUCCAGAUGCAAAUUAUUCCGAGAGUAGCCCAAAAGGGACCAUGAUCGAGAAAUUUCUGAGCCUUCCUUAUGUUCGUGCUUGGAGAGUUUACAUUAACCAAGAUGUCGUCCUUCCUGGUCUAGCUCUAGCCUUGCUGUAUUUCACCGUGCUCGGAUUUGGAACGUUGAUGACAGCUACUCUAGAAUGGCAAGGGAUACCUGCAUAUGUGAUCGGGAUUGCACGUGGAAUAAGCGCCAUGGUUGGGAUAGGGGCAACAUUUGGGUACCCCGUGUUGGAGUCUCGAAUCUCAACCCUACGAACAGGUGUUUGGUCGAUAUGGUCUCAGUGGGGUUGUCUCUUGUUAUGUGUUGCUUCUGUAUUGAUGAGGAGUAAAAUCUCUUCAGCGUACGUGCUGAUGGCAGGAGUAGCAUCGUCUCGUUUAGGGCUAUGGAUGUUCGAUUUGUCUGUCAUUCAGCAAAUGCAGGAUGGCGUAGCUGAAUCCGAUCGGUGUGUCGUUGGUGGCGUACAGAACUCGAUUCAGUCCAUGAUGGACUUAAUGACUUACAUCAUGGCCAUACUCAUCUCCAAUCCGAAGGAUUUCUGGAAAUUGAUAGUGUUGUCGUUCGUGGUGGCGACUCUAGCGGCCAUCUUGUACACCGUGCAUAUUUAUCGAGUUCGGAAGCACCUAAUUCACUGGGACAAGCUUCUCCGGCUCAUUAAGUGGUGUGUGUAGUGAGGGCAAAAAUAACACAAGGGCCUGAAGCGUUGGAGGCGACGAACUUGCGGCUUGGACCGCGCCCAGGGUCCGGCUCGGCGUUGGAGGUGCCCGGGCCGUGUCCCAAUUUCUGAUUUUGUGCAGUUUGGAAGAGGGGCGAUGGAAGAAGAGGGAGGAAGACGAUGGAGCUCUCAAUUUUUGCAUUUGGAAGAGGAAGAAGUGGGAGAGGGAGAGGGGCGACGGAGCUCCCCAAUUUGAUUUUCUAGUUUUUUUUUUAUUUAUUUAUUUGCUUUUUUUUUUAGUUUAUAAUUUAUUAAUUUUGAAUUAAAAAUGAAUUUUUUUAAUUGUGUAACAUAUUCUAUUUUCUGAUUUUGUAAAUCGUUAAUAGUUCAAUUUAA